AUGUCGGACUCUCAAACAAAUCUGGCACCAAGCGCCUCCUCGCAGCUGCUGCCUCAAGGACAGCCCGCAGCACCUCGAAACCCAUUCUCACCAGACGUGACGGAUUCAUAUGAGCACCACAUUGAUCUCGGUGCCUAUCCCAUGAACCCUCAAAGCAGCAGUUCUCCCCUUGGUAGUCACACCAAUGUAUACCCAAAGGAUAACCCCGAAGUCCAUCAAAGAAAAGGCCCUCUUCAGAAAAUCGACGUGUCUCGCUACCUCAGCAACAACAACAUAGCCGCCAACCUCCCCUGGGUAGACAGACCCAUCGAGAACCCCGGCCUAUCCUACGCCGAUCGCAAAGCAUACAGACACCGCGACGCCCUUAGCCGCAUAUGGACGGGCCCAGAAGAUGACCGAUACCUGAGUGCUACGGAUGGGCGGCUUCGCAAGCUGAUUGUCCAAGCAACCGACGAGGUCCGGCGCGGGCCCAAGAACGGAACCUGGGCGCAGAGGGGCAUUCGAAGCGUCACGCCAAUCCAUAUGCGCGUUGUGCAUUGGGUCUUGAAAGAUAUAAUCGAGGGGAAGCAGGACGGGGUGUCGUUGGAAGUGUGUUUGAAAUGGUUUCCGGCCUGCCUUGCGCUUCUGGCUUUGUUGUUUGUGCCUGCGGAUCUUGGUGGUGAGAUACGCAAUAAUGGGCGAUAUGAGCAGUUCAAGUAUCAUUUCUGGGGAUACCCUUAUAUCCCUAGCAACCCGCGCGAGGCAGCGCAAGGAUCUUCGGCAAUUUCGUUGACAGCAGCGGAAGAGAUCAAUGGGAUUGCUGAGAGGCCGUUGCGACCUAGAUACUUGUGCUUCCUAACUGAAGACGGAGUACAAAUAAGAAGCGUCGCCGACUGGGAAGAAGAGCACGGCCGGGAGGCUCUCCUGCAAUAUCUCUUCAUCUCCUACACCUCUGCGCAAUUUCAGGGACCAGCGGACUGGGAGGAGCUUCAUGUUAUUGCUGCAGCUGCAGCACAAACGGCCGGAGUAUCGGCGUAUUGGAUCUCAUGCAGCUGCAUGCCAGAGCCUGACCAGGUCUCCGAAGACGUUUACAGAAUCAGCGAUAUCGUCCGCGGAGCACAUUCCCUAGCUGUUAUUCUAGGACCCCCGGCGGCAGACCCGUCCUCGAACCCGGAUAUGAAGACCAUGCUGCAGCACUGGGGAGAGCGCAUGUGGACAUUCCCAGAAGUCCUCCUCAGUCCAACAGACAGGCCCAUCGCCAUCUACACUCGCGGCGGCGACAUCUGGAACCCCCAUUUCCUGCCCAAGCGCAAUUUCCCAGCAGAGGCUUGGAUCGAUGCCCCGGUCUCCAGGCAGCUCGUCGACCACUACGAGGGCUCCGUUGUCCUCAGUCCACUGGAGCUGGUUACCCUCGCCCUGCAGUGCCUGAGCACUCGCGCAAACAACACAACAGCCUAUCUCGACGGCGAUCUGACUUACGUCCUCAUGGGUCUCCUCCGGCGACGACCAAAAGUCAACUCCCAACACACUGCCUUUCAGGAGUUCUGCCGCCUUUCUCUAGCAAACGAUAGCAACCGUCUCCUCGAGCGCCUUAUCUGCCUCCUUCCCCGGAACAGAGACCAACCCUGGCACCAUAUCGACGACGCCUGGACACGUAGUCUCUGGGACAUCACACCCCUAUGCCAGGUAGACGGUGUCGGCGAGAACGACACUGUUAUUCUAGGUGGAGGGUUCGCGGCGCCCAUCCGCUGGAAGUCAUUCACACCUGUCAACCUUAUGCUCCGAAACACGCUGAAGCGCAUGAUUGCGCAGAUUGCCAUCCGCGGUGUGCCCGCGUUCCUUGUCGCAGGCGCCUUUCUCCUUGGAGUGAGUAAGUCCGAGGGCGGGCCGUAUGUGGCUUUUACUGUGCUGGGCUGGCUGCUCAUGGGACCGGCGAUUAUUGCCGUCUUCUGCUCGCCGUACCUCCUGGGCGCUCUAUAUACGGGGAAGCCGUGGCGUGGGCAGCCGUGGCUGUUUGGGUUCGAGGGCUAUAUGGACAAAGCCGAGAUUGAGACGAUGAUUUUCGGGACGAAUCUGAAUAGGUUCAAGUGGAGCCCGUAUUCGAGUGACUUGUCCAGACACGAGAACGUACAGGCUGAGUGUAUUGGUGUUGACCCGACGCUUGAUCCUACAGUGCGAGAGACCAUUGGUAGAUCUCAGGGGCUUGGAUACGGCGCGGAGAAAGUGUUUACGCUUGUUGAUACGAAUCUUAUGACCGUUACACUGUUUACUGCGGUGCGGCCCCCAGUUGCGCUUGUCUUGUGUGGGAGUGAGGGCGGCAUGCAGCGGGGACUGCUGUGCUCGUAUGACUGGAAGAGCCAGACGCUGUAUAAGGAGAGUGUGCUGCGGGUCGAUACGAUGGUGUUGGAAAAGAUGUCGAGAGUCGAUCGAUUCCGAUUAGGGCUGAGGAGGCCACUGGCGCAGACGGUGCCUGUUCCUUAUACUGACACACCCAUUGUCUAA